AGGGGGGGGUGGUUUACAUAACAUACAAAGCACGUGGAGACAAUUUAACUUUGCCCCUGGGAGGAGAAAUGCAGUUCAACGGUUAGCAAAUUUUGUAACUCCAAAACAAAGGCUGCGCAAAUGCAUACCACGAUCCCUAAAGCAAUCUAAAAUUUACCUUCGUAUAAGUAAACAGAGAACUGCCAGCAGGCGGUAGCACGUUGUUUUUGAAGUCCAGUGAAUAACAGUUUUUUGAUUGUCAUUCGUGACAGUUGAAGACCGGUAUGUGCAAUUUAAAUGACAGCUACAUAGUCAUGAAUAAUAAUUGCUAAGGCGCAUUUCAUGCAUGAACGUCAUACAAUAGCUGUUAAACAGUAAGGUGUAGAACUAUAGUGAAUUGUACUUAUAUUAUGCUAACUUAAAACAUAUGUAUUACGGUAAUCGCUCAUGCAGUGAAUAUAUUAAUUUAAAAAAGUUAAUUCUGCCGGUAACGGUAUAAUUCAGUUAAUUAUUCAAAAUAUAUAUUCUAGAGUUCAUAGACCUCUCUCAGAUGGCAAAAGCACAGACUUUAUCAGGCUUCUCCGGCCGGAGCAAACCAGAAGCGGUGCCCGAUUCAGAGUCGGAUUCGGACCAGGAGGAAAGCCACGGCGCUGCUACGGGUACGGGCCAGGCAGCUGGAUCGCUUGCCAGGGUCCAGGUGAUCCACAGUGGGCAUUUCAUGGUGUCCUCCCCGCACAGUGAUUCCACCUCCCGCCGAAAGAGGCACGGGGUGAACUUCGAUACUGUAAACCGGACUGGGUGUCAGACGUACCGAUUCGGUCCGAGGAGCACGGGCAGCCUUAGCAUCGACCCAACUCUAACGCGACUGUUUGAAUGCAUGACACUGGCAUAUAGUGGGAAAAUAGUUUCUCCAAAGUGGAAGUCGUUCAAAGGGCUACGGCUGCUGUGGAGGGACAAAAUCCGCCUGAACAACGGGAUAUGGAGAGCCUGGUACAUUCAGUAUGUGGAGAAGAGGAAGAACCCGGUGUGUGGAUUCGUGACUCCUCUGGAAGGAUCAGAAGCAGACGCACAUCGUAAGCCGGAGGCUAUUGUUUUAGAGGGUAACUACUGGAAACGGAGGAUUGAUGUUGUCAUUAAGGAGUAUCACAAAUGGAGGGUAUACCACAGGAAGAGGCUUCGUAAGAAUAAGGAUGGUCACCUGUCAGUCUUGACAAAGGAGGAUAUUUACAGUGUUAAAAAAUGGACCAAUCAGAUGUUCCAGGAUCCUGUUCCUAUGGAGGAGGAGAAGGGGCACCUGUUUGAUUUGGACUGCUUCCUGUCGGAUAUCUCGGACACGCUCUUUACCAUGACACAGAACCCCUGUCUGUGGCAGGAAGAGCAGGAGAACGCAGCUUACACCAGCAAUGCUGACAUGAUCCAGCCUGGGUUGACACCUCUGCAGCCCAACCUGGAUGACUUCGUGGACAUUCCAGAUAUCUUCAUGAACCACCGGAAUCCGCCCCAGGGCCAGGCUGGUUUUGCAGAGUGUGGUUAUUUACCCACCAUGUUGAGCAGUGUCUUCAGUUCCGGACCUUCUUCAGCCCAGACAGGCUGCCAGCUGCAGGCAAAUGCUAUGUCUGACAACACUGGCAGACUCCCCCUGCCUUCCACCUCAGGCUGUGUAUCGGAUGAUGGUUACCAUGGGCAACCCUUGUCCUCUGAAAUCACCUACGACCAAAGCAGCAUGAAUUGCGAAGCCAAAUACAAAGCUCAGGUUCAUUAUGGGCACCAGCCGGAGUGCUGCACAACUGACCUGAGACCAGAAUCAGACCCUUACGGCUCUUACAGAAACCCCCCGACCAUGACUCCCCCAAACAUCAGUGGAAUCGACCCGGACUGCAGUUAUGCCUAUUCAACUGAGUCCCACAGAUAUAGGUACAACUCACCUGUGACCUCUUCUGUCAUCACUCACACCGGAUCAAUGUCGGGACCCCAGGAUCUCCCAGGAUCAAGCUACCCCUCUCCGGGGGUCUUCCCCUCCUCCGUUUCUGCUUCUUUGGUUUACCCUUGUCCUUCCAACACGCAAGCAGCCCCGCCUGUAUUGGGGGCACAUGCCUUUUCCGUGCCUAGAGGGAGGUCUCAGACCACAGGCGGAAAGAGCAAGGCGAAGAGCAGUAGCAUCAAGCCAAAGCGUUCCUUGUCGUUCAGUGCUCCACAGCAGAGCAGUUGCCUGGCAAAGCUGCUUUCAACAGGUAAUCAUGAAUGUUUGCAUGAGAACAGAAAGGUGUCAUUCAGACCUCAUAAGCUGUUCCCCUCUUAUUAUUUGUGCUAUUAGCUAUGCACCAGGUAGUGACUUACCUACAGUGUGCUUGGGUUCUGCCUGCCUGAUAUCUUAAGUGGAUCGAGUGGACGUGUGUUGUUAUAUAGGUUAUACUAUGACUUUUGACGCUUGAUGGAGUUGUUAAAGAUAAUAUUCUUUAUUUUAUAUAGCGCACAUCUCACAGCUCUUUAAAGUCCAAGAAUAAUAAUACAUACUCGUAAAUAACCACAGCAGGUUAUAGACGUUAAAACAAAACACAAGCACUGUGCAAACUCAUAAAAAGCCAGUUCUGUACACAGGCUGAAAUGCCAAUUUAAAAAAAUGUGUUUUUAGGCAUCUUUUAAAAAUAUCCACAUUCUUUGAAUCCUUGAUUAUAUGUGGAAGAGUAUUCCAUAACUUAGGUGCAUAGCAACAGAAAGCCCUAUCUCCCAUAGACCGGAGCCUGGUUUUUGGUCUUAAGAUCCCAACAUCAGCAGAUUGCGGGUUCUGCACAGGGAUAUAUUCAGUUAACAUACUGAGGAUGUAACUUGAUGUCAAACCAUUCAAGGCCUUAUAUGUUAAGAGUAAUAUUUUAAGCGGUAACCUGAACUUAACCGGUAGCUAAUGCAGGGAUGCCAAAGCAGGUGUAAUAUGUUGAAAUGAUUUGGAUCUAGUGAUCUAAGAUGACUGCCGGGAACUGUUUGAUUGUGCAAAACUCCUGCAACGAGCGGAUUAAGAUAUUUGGAAUUUGUGUCUUGAACUCUCCCUUGCUAAAAAAAAAAAUAUAGCCGUUCCCUUUUUGUGACGCAAUCCAGAAGGUUCUAAAAUAAACUGUUGUUAUCUCUGCGGUUUAGUUUCAUUUAGUUCUGUUCAGUGACUAAACCAAAGUUG